CUAAGUCUUAACAGAAAAAUACCCAUUUUUCAGUCACCCACACUUCUCUCUCUAUCUCACAUAAAAUUAUGCAUGUAUAAAAAAAGACCUCAUAAAAGAAUAGGCUAAUUGAGCUAAGAAAAGAAACCCCCAACCCCACACUCUCCCAUUCCUCAUCGAUUAUAACACCAAAAAGAAAAUAUAUAUAUAUAUAUAUAUUUAAUUUGUUACUCUUAUUGCUCUCUUACAUAGAUUCCCCGUCUUCAUCUCUCUCCCAUUAUAAGUCUUUUAAUUUAACUAGAUGUGUUUUUUUUUGUUCAAAUUAAACCCAAGCUAAAAUCCAAGUUUCAAGAUUUUCUACCUCUCUCUCUUCCUAAUCAUUUAUUUAUUUAUUUAUUUUUUGCCCCUAUAUCUCAUUUCUCUCACAGUUAAAAACUCAAACACCUCCCAUAUCUCUUUUCUUUGUCCCCAGACCAACAACCUUUCUUUUCCAAAAAACAAACUUCAUUGAUGUGGGUCUUUGUUAGGUUAAAUGGAUACGUUGUUUAGACUAGUCAGUCUUCAAUCCGAUCAAUCUUUCAACUCAAGUAGAACUUCUAGCAGCUCAAGAUCUUCCAGACAAAACAUAAACAAUCACUACCACCAACAACAAGAAGACGAAGAAUGCUUCAACUUUUUCAUGGAUGAAGAAGACUUUUCCUCGUCUUCUUCUAAGCACUAUUAUCCACCUUAUCAACCCCAUCAUCAUCCUUCCACCACCAGCACCCCAACUCCAACUCAUACAACCACCAGCACCCCUACCGAGCUCUCUUUCUCACCUGCACGCGAUCUCAAUUUCGAAUUCUCCGGCAAGUGGGCUUUCGAAAUCCUCCUCGAAACCGCCGGAGCUAUAGCCGACAAGAACAGCGCUCGAGUUCAACAGCUGAUGUGGAUGCUUAACGAACUCAGCUCUCCUUACGGAGAUUCCGAUCAGAAACUUGCCGCGUAUUUCCUCCAGGCUUUGUUCAGCCGCAUGACCGACUCCGGCGAGCGAUGCUACCGCACUCUGAUCUCGGCGUCGGAAAAAACCUGCUCUUUCGAAUCCACAAGAAAAAUGGUGCUCAAAUUUCAGGAGGUGAGUCCGUGGACUACUUUCGGACAUGUAGCUUGCAAUGGUGCAAUCAUGGAAGCUUUCGAAGGGGAAGCCAAACUCCACAUAAUUGAUAUCAGCAACACGUAUUGCACUCAAUGGCCGACUCUUCUAGAAGCUUUAGCCACUCGAACCGACGAGACACCUCAUCUCCGUCUAACCACAGUCGUCUCCAGCAAAGCCUCCGGCGGCGGAGGCGUUGGUGGUUCAGUCGGUGCUGUUCAAAAGGUGAUGAGAGAAAUAGGGACAAGGAUGGAAAAGUUCGCAAGACUUAUGGGCGUUCCUUUCAAAUUCAAUGUGAUCCACCAUUCCGGCGAGCUUUCGGAAUUGAAAUUGUCCGAUUUAGACAUCAAAGAAGACGAAGCAUUAGCAAUUAAUUGCGUCGGUGCUCUGCACACCGUAACGGCCGUUAAUAACCGUCGCGACUAUUUCAUUUCCGCUUUCCGAAAUUUACGGCCGAGGAUCAUAACCGUCGUGGAAGAAGAGGCUGAUCUUGACGUUGGAGUGGAUGGGAUUGAUUUCGUGAAAGGUUUUCAAGAAUGCUUGAGGUGGUUUAGGGUUUACUUUGAGUCUUUGGAUGAGAGUUUCCCGAGGACGAGCAAUGAACGUUUGAUGCUCGAAAGGGCUGCCGGUAGAGCGAUCGUCGAUUUGGUUGCCUGUUCUCCGUCUGAGUCAGUUGAACGGCGUGAGACCGCCACGCGCUGGUCUCGGCGUUUGCAUGGGGUUGGGUAUAACCCUGUUACGUUCAGCGAUGAGGUGUGUGAUGACGUACGCGCGCUGUUGAGGAGGUAUAAGGAAGGUUGGGCAAUGACACAGUGCUCGGAUUCUGUCCCCGGAAUAUUCUUGUCGUGGAAAGAUCAGCCGGUGGUUUGGGCUAGUGCUUGGAGGCCUUGAUGACGGUGAUAGCUUCGACCUUUUUUCUUUUGUUUUUUUUACACGCUUGGGGAGUGAUUUUACACGUGUAAUAUGUUUUUUUUCGCACGUGCAUGGGGUGGUGGAGUUUGUGAUUGUGUUUUGGAAGAGAAAAGGAAAAAAAAAAAAAAAGUCGAUUAUUAAUUAGGGGGAUUGUUUGGUUUGAAUAGAAAUGAAGUAAACUAAUUUUCUUAAUUUUAA